UAGUCAGGGACAUCUAAAACCUAUUCAGAAUCGUAUUCAGAGAGACAAAAUCAUUAAGACUGUAAAUCUAAUGACCUUUAAUAUUUUUUACCAUGAUUUAGCAUAUUGGUUAAUCAAGUUCUAGCUCAAAGAUUAAAUUAUUUACUUGUGAAUAUUAUUUAUAACUAAACGAUGUUUUAACUCCCUCCAGCGAAAGCAAGAGAAAGAGAAGAAUAAUUAAAAUCAUUAGAAAGAUGAAGCAAAUCACAGAAAUUACAAGUGAAAUUCACAAGCAAUAUAAAGAUGAGAAGAAGCAACUUGAGGAUGCUUUUACAAAGCUACUUCAAGAGGAUGAACUUCAAAGACAAAGUACAUGGUGAUUAAGACUCCUAAUGAAAUUUUAAUACCCCAAACUUCUCUUUUCGCGAUAGGAGCAAUCUUAUGUUAAAAAGGAUGUACUUUCUGUUUUAAUACAGUUCAUAUACUUAAAUUGUCCAUUAGCUGAUUAAUCUAUAUCAAAAAUACCUUUCAGAGGGAGUAUACAUAUCUCUAGCCCCACAAACUAACCCUUUAAGCCCUAAAUGCUUAUUAUUCCCUUCCAAAAAUCCCACUGCUCUACUUCUCAGCCAUCUAAAUCCUAAAUUUUUAAAUAUUUAGUACUAAAAAUUCCUUUGAAAAAUCACAAAAUCCCGAACAAAUUUUUUACAUGCACAAAAGAAGGCCAGGGGCUAACCCCUGGCUCUUAGUCAAGCUCCCACUUCAGCUAUAUUCCUUUAAUAAUUUAUCAAUUGUCUGAGUUGGGUUUCAUGCAUUUGUAAUAUAGAAAGAGAAGCCAGGAAAAUAGAGAAUAAAAGACAGCAAAGGCUCCAACUGAAGAAUAAGGUGUUUAGCCAGGUUAGAGAUGUCGACGAAGAGAAGCAAAUGCGGAUUGGACAGAUUAAGGAGGGAGAUGUAUUGUUUUCAAUGCAGGACCUAGAAAAAUCCCUCGAAAACCAAAGCCUUGAAGAAAGGCAGAGGAUGAGGCUCGAACAACUUGAGCGUAUACGAGAAGAACAACGUAACAAAGUGGAUCCUAAGACUAUUGAAUUUGACCUUGCAGAAUAUCUUAAAAACAACACUAAUCCUCAAAGUGUAUUUAAUAUUGGGAAGGUUUAUAAGAAUUCUCCCCUUGCUUCUAAGGAAAACAAGCAGUAUCUUGAGAACUACGAUAGUGCCAAUAGCUUGGCUAAGAAGGGAAAUCUUAAACUGGAUGAAUUCAAAAUGAAUUCUUCGUUUGAUUCAUUACCGAAAAAGCCAGAUGUAGGGAAAAUAAAGGAACUACCAGCAUUCAAUAGAAGAAACAGGUCUAAUAAAAGUAUGAUCUCAUACUCAACUCCCUCAAAAGCAAGUCAGAGGAGGAAGAUAAAUGUAUCUAAUCGGGGAGGUAUUACCCAUAAAGUCGACACAGAGCCUACAGCUUCUGUUUCAUAUGACUCUCGAAGGGUAGGAGGGACUAACUUCCAUACAUCUUCUGUGCGUAAAUCUAUAGAUACGACCUCGAAUCCAACAAGUAAGCAUGUCCUGAUCCUUCUAGUCAAGAUUCCCAGUAUAUGAAGGGGGAGUGAGACCACUACAAAUUCAAGCAAGAGGAAGAAUCUCAGUCUUUGCACUGCGCUUAAUAGAAAUACGGAUAAUUUGCCAGAUUCUCUUUCGAAGCUGAUCGUUAAGGAUCUAGGCAAGGAGCCUGACUCAGAGAGGAAGCAAGCUGAAGGAUCUAUUUCUGGGGUGAGAAGAGGGAAUUCUGACGGAGGAAGGAUAUCGAAACGUAAUUUAUCUAAGGCCAAGGAGGAUUUAAAAGCAGCAUUCAAUUUUGAUGAUACUCAGUUGAAUACACUCAUGGAGCAUCCUCUUAUUCAUAAAUAAGCUUAAUACAUGGGGAGACCAACUCUCCUCUGACUAUAUUUCUCAACUAAAGAGAAGACAAAGACAAAGAGAAUACUGGAAGAACAGAGUCAGGAAUGAUUUCCAACCGCCUAAGCAAGCAAUAGAAGAGAUAACUAAGAAGAAAGAAGAGAAAUAUCGGGAGUACAGGAAGUAACAACCUAAAAUACCAUUUAAGAUUCAACCUGA